UUUGGUGUGAGAGACGCUUUGGUGUCAUACACGUUUUUCAGUUAGGCGGCUAUACCAGCAAUUUACAUCCAACAUGCUCCAAUGCCUCUUAGCUCUUUUGCUUCCCCUGGUGGUGAGCUCACACCCCGUCGGUCGAAGCCUGCUGCCCUUGGACUGUGAGGACAUCUACCAAAAUGGAUCAGUGCAUAACGGGGUUUACACCAUCUACCCGACAACCGCCGACAAGCCUGUGGAGGUGUACUGUGACAUGGGGUGUACAGAGGACGAGAACCACGAGGACGGGCAGUGGACGGUGAUCCAAAGAAGAAUGGAUGGCACUGUAAACUUCUACCGGCCCUGGAAUCACUACAAGAGGGGCUUUGGGAACAAGAACGGCGAGUACUGGCUCGGUCUGGAGAAUAUUUUCAGACUCACCUGGAGAGGUAAGUACGAGCUGCGGGUGGACAUGGAGGACUGGGAGAGAGGCAGCGUCUACGCCCACUAUCCGGCCUUCUCCAUCGACUCGGAAGAUGAGGGCUACACACUUCGCUUGAGCGGAUACGUCGAUGGUGGAGCGGGUGAUUCUCUGCAACGAGUGAAUGGAAUGAAGUUCUCAACCUACGACAAAGAUCAAGACAUUUAUGGCAACAACUGUGCAGAGAUGUACCAUGGUGGCUUUUGGUAUAACAACUGCCAUUACGCUAACCCUAAUGGGUUGUACAAAGGGAAGGGACGAGUGGCAAGCUAUACAGGAAUCAUGUGGUACCACUGGAAAGCCAAUUAUUACUCUCUGAAGUCCAUCACGAUGAAAAUCAAGAGGGUGUCUUUGUCCGUGGAGUGAUUUGUCAUCUCUCUCCCUCUCUAAGACCUCAGUUUUAGCUGUGCUUCUUGGCCAGCCGAUAAACAUCCUAGCAACUGGUUAAAGUGUAACUUCACCCCAUAACUCCACCCACUUCACUUGUGAAACACAAUUUUUGUCAAUAUUAACCCUGGUAAUAGUGUAGGUCACCACUUAUGAGUAAUUUCAAUCAAUCAACAGCUCAAAAAACAUAUUUUAGGGUGCAGUUACACUUUAAGAGAUUUAAAUAGCAAAGGUUAAACUUUGCCGUAAUAACUAGGAUAGCCCGUAGCUAUACUUAACUCACAUUCAUGUUCCCGAGACACAAACCUGUGAAAUGCAUUACCUAUUUACCAUCGAUUAUCAUUCCAGUGCGGUGAAUGUGUGCAAAACACAUCAGAGGCUUCUCUCCCUCACUCUCUAGAAUCAAAUCGCAAGAUGUACAUUAGUAAAACCAUUAAAGGGUCGUUUUUUCUGUUAAA